GUAGAUUAGGUUAUGUCAAAAAGGUUAGAAUAUUCAAUAUCUGAUGUUUUCUUGCGAGUGUAACAAAGUUAGGAUUGAACAUUCAUGUGGUCAUUUUUUCAAAAAUAUAUGAAGAUAUCUUAAAAUUAUACAAAGAUGAAUCCUAUAUUACGUACAGUUCGAGCCUGUAUUUAUUCUGUGAGACAUGUCAAAUAUAGUUCCUUGUCUUCAGAAGCAGUGAUAUUUACGGAAGAUGAUGCUAUGGUUGUCUGCUGGCAUCCAGAAAAACCGUUUCCAUAUGAAUGUUCUUUACCUCUACCUGAGGAGAAACUCACUGACACUUCUGUAUUGUGUAUUGGAGACAAAGAUGUUGCAGAUGUUUUUCGAAAAAAGAAACCAUAUCAGGUUGUGGAAGAAUUAGCAAAAAUUACAUAUACUACUAAACACAGAUGGUACCCUAGAAGCAGAGACAAGAAAGCAAAGAAUACAGAACCCGACAGACCGUACUUGUAAUGUCUGAAAGAGAUUUAAAGGAUGUCUUGGUCAAAAAGUAUUUAAUUUACACAUGUAGUUAUCUUUUUAAAAAUAUGUAUUAAUAAACAUUGUACAAAGAUAA